AUGACUGAAAGACGUCGUACCACAUCGCAACAGCAAUUCACGGAGGAGAAUCAGGGUUACCCAGAAGCAAACAAUUCGCCAGCACGGCGAGAUUCUCAGAAAGUUCGCACGCGGUCUCCAGUGCCGGACCCCUCGACAGGAACCGGGAUCACGAAAGAACGUCGAGAAAAGCGAAGGUCGAGGGGAAGCUCCUUGGUGACAGACGAAUUAGCCUCAGGAGCGACGGCUAUGGCGGCAACAGCAGCGGCAGAGCAGCGGCCAGUCACGCCCACGUCCUCCUCUCUCCCAAUCCCGUCCGUCCCCGAACACCCCCCCGCGUUGGACUUUCCUAGAGCGUCAACUUCCGGUGCUGCGCCGCCGUCAGCAGGCGCCGCCGCUGCACGGGGAAGCGCACCGGGAAAGGAGCUACGCAAGUCGCGAGGCGGCUCGAUGCUGCUCGACGAGAUGCUGCUGGAGGGGCCUCCGCUGGCAGUCAAGGCCGGGCUCGACCGGGGGAGGUCGUAUUCGAGGGGAGGGUUACCUGCUGCUCUCGCUGCCGUGGCGGAUGAAGCGUCCGCUGCCGCCGCCGCUGCUGCUGCUGGUGGUAGUGGUGGGGGGAUGGGGGGAAUUGCUGCUGCUGGUGGCUUGCGAGAGUCCCACCGCAAGCCCCUCCUAGCUCGUCAUCGCUAUCGCUCCGCCUCCAUGACCGCCGCUGAAAUCGCCAGACUUACAGUUGGAGACGCGGGUUCGAAUCCUGCCGGAGAACGCAGCCCCAGUCGCCACAACCACCCUCCCCGCAGUAGCUCUCCCCACGCCAUUCAGGCGGGAAACAAUCCCCCACGUCCCUUCAAUGCUCCUGUUGCAAAGCAUGGCUAUACUCCUGUUCGUUGCUUUAGCGCGGAUGGAGAGGGCCCCGUUGAUGAUGGCGGCUCUGUGUAUCAGAGCCGUGCUGCUGGGAAAGGCAGCACUAAUGACCCUGGUGUUGCAGCAGUGAGAAACGCCCGGAACAAGGCAGGAAGGGAGCAGUUGGUGUGGCCGGGCCAGCAUAAGGAGCAGGAGGAUGAGGAACAGCAAGAGGAGGAAGAACAGUGGGAGGACCAGCAGAAGCAAAGAGACCAGCAGCAAAGGCAACAAAAGUAUCCAACGUCUCGAACUGGACAUGCUCGGUCCGCCUCAGGGCCCCUCUCCUUCCUUGCUUCUCCUGGUUCUCCCUCUCCCUCGCCCCCACGCUGGGCGGGUCCCAGUAGCCGCCUUGCCCACUCCGCCUUGUCCGCCGCUGCACAAGGCGAACACAGGCCACCGCAGAAUCAUCAGCGGCAGCAGCAGCAGCAGGCCAUGUAUGGGCGUAGUAACCGAAAGGAGAAGUUAAUGAUAAGCAGUGAGCAGGGAGAAAGAGACGAGGAUGAGGGUGAGUGCGAAGGCGAGGGCAGAGGAGAGUGGGCGGCAGGGGACGCGGAGUGGGAAGGGGAAACGCCCAAGGAUCGCACAGAGUGGUACCAAGAGUGGGAGGACACGAGACCCUGGGACCAUGGCUCCAAGCCUGCUGCUUCUGCAGGUCAGGGUCUACACCAUAUGCAGCAGCAGCAGCAGCAGCAGCAGCAGCAGCAGCAGCAGCAGCAGCAGCAGCAGCAGCAGCAGCAGGGAAGGCAUCAAAAGCAGCAGCCGCCGCAGCAGCAGCGCCAAUCCCAGCGUGCAGUGAAGGUCCCUUUGCAUGGUCGCCCCCGCCGUACCAUGUCCGCCCUGCCCUCUGCCGUGCUCAGCAGCGAUUUCUCCUGGGACAGUGGCCGCACGGCUGCACUCUCUCGCCUCCGCAACUCCUCUGUUGAGGAAGCUGCUAUGGAUGACGUCACGAGUGAGGCCUGGAGAGGGGAGGAGGUGCAGGGGGAGGAGAGAGCGAUGAUGUCAGCAGCAGCAGCUGCCAUGCUGGACCUCGAGCUGUCUGACUCAGCAGAGGAAACUGCUACGGAAGAUGAAUGGAUAGGGUCAGGGCGAGGGAAAGGGAGCCGUGCAGCUGGCUUCAGUUCCGGUGGUUCUGCUCGUUUGGGUGGUUCUGGUGGUUUUGAUUGUUACGGUGGUUCUGGCCGUUUGGUUGGUUCUGGUAAUUCGGAGCAUUCCGGUGGUUCGCUUGGUGGUUUGCAUAUGGAUGGGGGGGGAGAGGGGGGAUCUUCACAAACGCAACGAGAUGCCAGCCUCCUUCAGAGCGUAUCAACUCCUCAAAGGUCGCGAGAAACGCACGCAAGUAGGCUGAAAUCGGGGCGUGCACAAGGCGAGAAGUUAGGGUUAGGCCACGUGUCAAUGUCACAAGGCCUGAAGCCAGGCCACAUUCGGAGCAGGUCAGUGGGUCAUGGUCUCGGGCACAGGGAGAUGGGCGGCCGUCUGGGGAGCACAGGAGAGGUGGAGAAGGAGGAGGGGGGUUCCCAUGAGUCGGCCGACGAGGAAUCUCAAGAGUGCGACCACAAGGGCUUGGAGAAGAGUGGAAGUAAAUCUGGAGGAAGCGGUUUCAAAGGAAGGGACACUCGAGGCGCCCGAUCGCUGACCUCUGUGGGUCGAUCGGGUGCAGAGGAGUGGCACGGGGAGGAGCCUUUUGAGUCGCCUGGAUUGGGCGUGGCUGAACUUGAGAGUGAUGGUUGGAAGGCUGGCCCGUUCACCCCUCAGGAGGACAGGGACGGGCGCAAGGUGAAUGAGAGGGGGAGUAGCAAGGGGAGUGGCAAGGGGAGGGCGGAUGGGGAGGAGGUGAGGGUUAAAGGAAAAUGGAAGGCGGGUGAAGAGGAGGUGAGAGUAGCUUGGGACGCAGUAGGAGUGAUGCUGAAGGGAGGAAGGGAAGGGGGGAGACGGAAGGAUGUAGGAAGAGAGGAGAGGGGAAAGGGGCAAGAGAGGGAGGAGGUAAGGCUAGGUGGAGUAGAUGCGGAUGAUGCUGUUUGUACGGGUGAGAAGGGGAGUGCCCCUGCAACGGGUUGUGAUCCUAUUUUUGAGUCGACUCAAUUUUCUAGUCGACUCAAAAAUAGACUCACCGAUGCGGAUGACGCCGUUUGUGGGGGUGAGAAGGGAAUUGGCCCGGCUACGGGUAGUGAUCGGAGGGAGGGGAGCAGCAAGGAGGGAAGCAGGAGUAGUCACGGAUUCGGCAGUCGACGAGAUUGGGAAGGGGGAGACAAGAUGAUGGUUACGAAGGAACAGAGGCAGGGGCAGCAGCAGCAACAGCAGGAGCGGGAGCAGCAACAGCAGGGGCAGCAGCAGCAACAGCAGGAGCGGGAGCAGCAACAGCAGGGGCAUCAGCAGCAACAGCAGGAGCAGGAGGAGGUGCAACCUCCACCUCCACCGCCACCACAGUCACGGUCCAGGCUCACUCGCCUACCCUCCGCCUCUCUGCUCGCCUUUCAUCUGGACACAGGCACCCCCCUCCCUCUUGCCUCGGUUGUCCUUCCCCCAGACAUUGCCGACUUUCUCGACACUGACCCCACGGGCAGCCUCAAACGGGCAGGUGAAAGUUUUCACCCAGGGCUGGGUAGCAGAGGGGAGGGAACAGAGGAGAAUUCAGUCACUGUAGCUCCUGCUCCCGUUCGAGCUUAUACCGCACCAGGGGCAGCUACAAAUGAAUCUUCUGGAGGACUUGCCCAUAGCCGCUUGGCACGAGCGCAGGCGGGGGAGGCAGGUGCUUCUGAGACUGAGACGGUUCAAACAAGAAAGGAUGCUUCCCCGGCAGGGCCAGAGGAGGGGAUGGGAAAGAGCUUGACUGUGAAAGAGCGGGCCAUGAGGAAGGGGCUUCUUUCUGGCACGCUGGCAGAACUUCGGAGGGGUAAGGAUGAUGAUAGAGGGAGGGGUAAGGAUGAUGAUAGAGGGAGGGGUAAGGAUGAUGAUAGAGGGAGGGGUAAGGAUGAUGAUAGAGGGAGGGGUAAGGAUGAUGAUAGAGGGAGGGGUAAGGAUGAUGAUAGAGGGAGGGGUAAGGAUGAUGAUAGAGGGAGGGGUAAGGAUGAUGAUAGAGGGAGGGGUAAGGAUGAUGAUAGAGGGAGGGGUAAGGAUGAUGAUAGAGGGAGGGGUAAGGAUGAUGAUAGAGGGAGGGGUAAGGAUGAUGAUAGAGGGAGGGGUAAGGAUGAUGAUAGAGGGAGGGGUAAGGAUGAUGAUAGAGGGAGGGGUAAGGAUGAUGAUAGAGGGAGGGGUAAGGAUGAUGAUAGAGGGAGGGGUAAGGAUGAUGAUAGAGAGAGGGAUGGAGGAGACGGGAGUGGGGGACUUGGGAAAGAUGAGGGCCGGGGAGUUGGAAAGGUUGUGUCUGGGGAGAGUGGGAAAAGUGGCAGCAGCAGGAGGGUUGGGAAGGGAGGAUUUGUGAAAGCUGCUACUGUGCAGGAUAGGAGGAGGGGGGCAGGGAGAGAGGGAACAGGCAGCGGUAGCAGCGUAUUGUGCCAUUCCUCCGUUGCGCCGCACACACUCGCCACGCCGCUGCGCGCCGAUUCACGCACGCGGAAAGGCGCGGUUGCAGCGGUUGCCGUGCCGCGAUCCGCAUCGAGAGUGAAGCUCGAUGCGUACGUGACGAGCCGCGCGCACGUGGGCGCGAAGCAGCUGAUGGGUCAGAGCCUCCAUUCGGCGACGGAAGUGUUGCGAUCACGACACGUGGUGGGAUCGUGCGGAAGACGAGGAGUCGUCGAGAUGGUCAUCCCGUUUCAAAAGGGCGAGGCCACGCAGCAGCCGCCACCGGAUCUCCCAUCGUACCUCUUCAAGAACCGCAUUGUGUUCCUGGGCAUGUCGCUCGUGCCCUCCGUCACGGAGCUCAUCAUGGCGGAGCUGCUGUACCUGCAGUACGACAGCCCUGAGAAGCCGAUUUAUAUGUACAUCAACUCGACUGGAACAACUAAGGACGGGGAGAAGCUGGGGUACGAGACAGAGGCGUUUGCCAUCUAUGACACCAUGCGCUACGUGAAGCCUCCGAUCUUCACACUGUGUGUGGGCAACGCGUGGGGGGAGGCGGCGCUGCUGCUGUCUGCAGGGUCUAAGGGCAACCGGUCGGCACUGCCCUCCUCUUCCAUCAUGCUCAAGCAACCCAUCUCUCGGUUCCGCGGGCAGGCCACCGACAUUGACAUCAUGCGCAAGGAAGUGCGGAACGUGAAGAUAGAACUGGUGAAGCUGUACUCGCGGCACACGGGCAAGUCGGAGGAGACGAUCGAGAAUGACAUCCGGCGUCCCUUGUACCUCACACCUGAUGCUGCCGUGGAGUAUGGCAUCAUUGAUAAGGUUCUUGACACGGACGCCAAGAACGAUAGUGUUGUCGAUUCCCUUCGCAAACGACAGCUUAUCUAG